AUGUGGUGGACAAUCAUUCUUUAUACAUCAUUGCUAUACGUUUUUUAUCGUUUCAUCAACUACUGGAUCAUUAAACCGUGGCAAGUUCAACGAGAUUUCUGGAAUCAAGGUAUUCCUGGACGAUAUACACCAAUAGUUGGUGAUAUAUUACGUCAACGUCGAGCCUAUCUAGCCGAUAAGCCAUUCAGUUAUGUUGAAGAAGCAAGUGCUGAAUUUGGUGACUACUAUCAUACAUCGUUUGGUCCACUUCCUUGCUUGAAUAUAAGCGAUCCAGCACUUAUAGAAAGUGUUUUAAAGACAAAUAGUCAAUUCUAUCAUAAAUCCGAGCUUGCAAGAGCCAUUGCUUCAACAGUACUUGGUUAUGAAAAUAUUGUAUUGGCUGAAGAUGAAAAUCAUACAAGACAUCGACGAUUGGUUAAUCCUAUUUUUCAACAUCAGAAUACCAUCUCAAUGAUAUCAUCUAUGGUUGAUAUAAUAGCGACAUUUUUGAAAAAGUGGGAAAACGAAACAAACGACAAAACCUAUCCACUUAUAUUGGAUUUAUCGAAAGAGAUGUCCAAUCUAACAUUGGAUAUUAUUACCGGUUGUGUAUUCGGUAUUGAAACAAUGAAAAAUAGAUAUAUUCAUGACAAAAUCUAUCAAAGCGUUAAAAUAACCAUAGAGGAAAUAGAGAAACGAAUCUAUAAUAUGAUUAUUAUUAUUCCAAUACUUAAUCAAUUGCCAUUAUUAGGCAAAAGACGUAUUGCGAAGUGUAAAAAGGAUAUAAAGACCAUUGUUCUACAAAUGAUAGAUCAGCGAAAACAAGGUUUAACAAGAGCCAAUUGUAAAGGACCCGAUUUACUGGAUUUGCUGUUGGCAGCACAUGGUGAAGAUAAAGAACAAAAAUUUACCGAUGAAGAAGUUUCAGCUGAAGCGAUUACUUUUGUACUUGCGGGACAUGAGACAACGGCAACUUUAAUGACUUGGACUCUCCAUGAUCUUGUCACAAAUCCUGAUGUUUAUCAACAAUGCCAGAAUGAAAUCGAUUCAGUUAUGAGUGAGAAUACAGAAUUGACGGCAACGACUUUAUCCCUAUUGACAUAUACCGAAGCUGUUUUGAAAGAAACGUUACGAUAUCAUCAGCCUGCGCCUGUAUUGAUGAGAACUGCAAUUGCUGACAAUACUAUUGUGGCUAGCGAUGGUAAACGAAUUCGUAUCCGAAAAGGAAUAGAUAUUAUCAUGAAUCUGAACAUUAUAAAUAGCUCUGAAAAGUAUUGGCAUGAACCCAAUAGAUUCAAUCCGUCAAGAUUUCUUGAACGUUACCCAGACGUACUAUUUUCAUUUGGCCUUGGACCACGUAUAUGUAUUGGACAGAAUUUUGCUAUGCUAGAAUCUAAAAUUAUGAUGGCGAUACUUUUACAUCGUUUUCGUUUUGAAUUGGUACCCGGUCAAAAGCUUGUGCUGGGAACAGCAGGAACAAUCAGACCUAGAUAUGGCUUAUCGAUGCGAGUCUGGCCACGAUAA